AUGCGGAGGGCAAGCAUUAUCUCAGCAAAAAGUCAUCCUGGCUACUGGAAUAAGGACCUGCUGCCGACUACCUCCGGUCUGGCUGCUGGAUGGGGCAAAGGAAGCUACUGGUGCCCAUGGUGCGACGGCUGGGAACACCGAGACAAGCCCUUUGCGAACCUGAGACCCUUCAGCGCCACCUUCGUUCAAAAUAGCAACACGCAGACAUCCCUCAAACCCGACAUCCUGAUGCUCACCAACCGCACCUACAACGGUACUACCAAGGCGCAAGCCUCCAAGGACCUUCCAGACUGGGCCGAACGACUCGCUCUAUACAACGUCACAGCGUCGAAGACCGCAUCGUUCCAGGCUUCUCGCGCGUAA